UAGCACGGCAUAUCGCAUACGAUCUUAAAAACUAGUGACAGAUAAUGGAGAAAUAUGUCAGGAUUGUUCAAAAGCUUACUUCGUUAAACAUCAAAUUAGUAGCAGUGGACUUUGAUCAAACGAUUAUCAAUAUGCAUACGUGCGGUGUGUGGCAAUUUUCUAGUAAAAGUCUUGUUCCUCGUGUGCGGCCGUCUUUCAAGCAGUUCUUCAAGGCGGCGUUGAGUUGUGGCGACUUGCACGUAGCGAUAGUGACUAAAUCGCCGCAGAUUUCUCUUAUACGUGAGGUUAUGGAGCAAGCUUUGCCUGAAUGUGACACCAGUAGAAUACAUUAUAGAGGCGCAGAUGGAGAAUGGAAGGAAGUGAAAGGAGUUUCGAAGGAAGGAAAACAACAGCACAUUCAGUCUGUGAUUCAACAGAUUGAAAAAGACCACAAAGUGAAAAUAAAAAGGGAGGAAGUUAUUCUCUUAGACGAUGAUGAAACAAACAUUUCGGAGGCAAGGAAUAGUAAAAUGAAAACACUUCUUGUGAAAGGAGAUGAUAGCCUUGAUGAGCUCCUGGAAGCAAGGUAUUGGAGUCAAGUAUCUUCCCUUUGAGUGACAUCAGAAUUGCUCUUGUACUUUUCAAGAAUGUUUUCCUGGAUGCUCAUUAUCAGCUGUAAUGCAAUAUCAAUCCUUUUGGGGAAAGUAGUGUUGAUAACAGAGUUGCACAUUGUGGUUGUGUGUUGCCCAGGACAAUUUACACUAAUGGGGGAGGGGACACCACACUGGUUUGGUGCAUUAUCAUUUUCUUUCAUUUAUUAUUGUAGUAAUGUACUUGGAAAAAAACACGCACUUCUGAUUGGCUGAAAACUAGUGCAUUUUUCAUGUAACAUGGGGGAAAAUUACAAAUAGCGCAAGAUGCUUUUUUCGUGCAAAUUAAUUAAUGAUAAGUAAUGACAAGAUUUCUCAUGUAGGGAAUUUAGCUCUAGAGGAAGAUAAAAGCAUCAAAAACAUUUCUUCUUUUCCAUUUGUCUAUUUGGUUAUAGAUCAGAAAUUACUUUGAAAUACGAUAUGAAUACACAAAUGAGGAAAAAUAUAACUUUCUUAUUACGUCAUUCUGAACAACAAGUGCCCUCUAUGCAACGACCAAUCACAGAGCCGAGAAUUAAGUUCAUUUUAUAUCGUAAUUACCUUAGCAGUUGAACUAGCUUGAGACUCAUAGUACUAGUACUUUCACUAAACAUACAUGGCUGUUCUAGGGGGGUGACAACCAUUAAACAUCAGGGUUACCUAAGGGGAGUCCCUAUAGGUCCAAAUAGUACAACAAUACUGUUGAACUGUCAGGAAAACCUGAUAAAUGCUUGAUGUUAAUGACAUGGUGUGCCGUCUGGA